AAUUGCAUUUUCUAUGACUGUAUAUGUGCGUAUGGGGAAUGGCUAUAUGUGACGGUGAUAUGGUGUUGGGUCUGUUGGGCGGAGUAGUGCGCGGACACUGCGGACUCGGCCGUCGGCAUCGACGGUCGGCAGACUAGCGGAGUGUGCAGUGCAGAAGUGGAGAAGCGCCAGCCACAGCCAGGCCACAGCUGAGUGAGGCUAGAAGCGUCAUUCAGCGUCAUUGCACCGGCGCCAAGCGCUUGGUUAUUUCGUCUCGCGUCGAUUCGUCGUAUCGAUUAUCCUCGUUUUACCGCGCGUGUGACCGCGGACAGAACUCUGUCCUGUCCCCCUCGAAAACAAACGCACAAAUAAACGAGAGUAAGAGCGAGGAUUAAAAGUAUAUGGGCCUCGACGCGUGAAACUGAAAAAAUGUCGGCGUCUGUCAGAAUUUUAUUAUUCUCCGUUCUCCUGUCACGCUUGCAAAAAUGAGAUUCUGGAUUUAGCGAAUUCUAAUUCUAAUUGAGUAACAAUUAACUGCCCAUUACCUGUGAUUGUAAAAUUAAUUAGGCACUUAUGACGAGGGAAUUGUCGUAAAGAUGCAUAUAUAUUUCGUAUUAGAGUUGAUACAUAUAUGUAUAUGUGUACAACUCUGACAUACAUAUAUAUAUAAAAUUUUAGUGUAUAGAAGACUGUCUGUUUGUGAAAUUUCUCUAUCGUAUAUCAAAGAGUUCACCAGUGUCCAGCAGGAAGUGAGACAAUAUGGACUCUGCAACCGAGCUGGAACAUAUAGAGAAGCUGGCCAAGGAAGCAGAAUGCUUAAAGAAACGCUUGGAGGAUGAACGACAAAAGUUAAACGAUAUUACACUUGCCAGCGUAGCAGACAGACUUGAAAUAAUCAAUUGUAUAAAUGUAAAACCUAGACGUAUCCUAAAAGGGCAUCAGGCUAAAGUUUUAUGCUCCGACUGGUCUCCCGAUAAGCGUCAUAUUGUUUCUUCUUCGCAGGAUGGAAGAAUGAUUAUAUGGGAUGCUUUUACAACAAAUAAGGAACAUGCCGUCAGUAUGCCAACCAGAUGGGUGAUGGCGUGUGCUUACGGCCCUAGUGGCGAUUUAGUUGCAUGCGGAGGUCUGGAUAAUAAAGUUACAGUAUAUCAAUUAAGCUUGGAGGAUGAUGUUUCGGCUCACAAGAAGACUGUUGGGACGCAUACUUCGUACAUGUCGUGCUGCGCGUUUCCCAACAGCGAUCAGCAGAUUUUAACAGGCAGCGGAGACAGCACAUGCGGUUUGUGGGACGUAGAGAGCGGACAGCUAUUACAAAGUUUUCAAGGACACUCCAGUGACGUUAUGUCUAUCGAUCUAGCACCAAGUGAAACUGGGAACACAUUUGUGUCCGGUGGAUGUGACAAGCUGGUCUUGAUUUGGGAUAUGCGCAGUGGCCAGUGCGUGCAAAAUUUUGAGGGGCAUCAAUCCGACAUUAAUUCAGUAAGAUUUCAUCCAGGCGGCGAUGCGGUAGCAACAGGUUCAGACGAUGCUACUUGUCGCUUGUUCGACCUGCGUGCUGACAGAGAAGUUGCAGUUUACGCAAAAGAAAGUAUAAUAUUCGGAGCAAACGCGGUUGAUCUUAGUAUAAGCGGACGCUUGCUCUUUGCUGGAUAUAAUGAUUACACGGUGAAUGUAUGGGAUACUUUAAAAUGCCAACGAGUGGCACUGUUAUACGGGCAUGAAAACCGAGUUUCGUGCCUAAGGGUUUCCCCGGAUGGUACUGCCCUGUCUACCGGAAGUUGGGACGCGACUUUACGAGUUUGGGCUUAGCUUCACGAUAACUAUUACUAUCUUAAACAUGUUGAGAUAACUCUUGUUAGACAGCACGUAAUUGUAAUAUUUAUUAUUUUAUCCUAUAUUUAUUUAGAAACUCUCUCGCCUUCUCGAGUACUUUUUGUAAUUCAUGUUUUCAUAAUAUCAAAAUGUAUAUGGUGCAUUAAAUUGUUGUGCAUUCAA